UUUUUGAUUUAGUCUGUUGGGGCAAAAUCCAAGUUGUACAGCGACGGCCUGAAUAAUUCUAUAAAAGAAAGAAAGAAAGUAUUGUGAUUACCCCAUGUAAUGAAGUGACGUGAGAUAAUCUUGCUGAGAAAGUACAUUAUUUAUUUUCAGAACUAAUAUUUCAAUUGAAUACUUAACAGAGAACAGCUGAUAAAACAUUCUUAUGUGAUUAGUUCCUUUAUAAUCCAUUUAAUUAUGUGAUAUAUUACCCAUUCGAAAUCGCAAAAAUUUGAUGAACAUCCUGUGAAGUAAAAGUUUAUAAUCAUGUGGUUUGAAGAAAAAAAGAACAAAGGGGAGAAAUCCUUGAAAGAAAUAGUUGAAGAUGCUCCGAAAACUUUGAGUAAAGAAUAUCUUCAGACUCUUAACUCUGCUUUGUUUUACAAUAUUUUGGAACCCGACAUUGAUAUUGAACCAAUCAUAAGCUCACUUUUAUUAAUUAUCAUUGAUGAAAACUCACAUAUUUCUCUCCGUCAUUCUGCUGUUGUUGUUUUGCAAAAGUUAUCUCCUAUCAAAAACUUGGCAGAAAUUCUGACUCCAAGCUUUGGUGAGAUAUUACUGAAUGCUCUUCCUGUUCUUCUAAAGCAGAAUCUUGAGGAUGAAGGUGUAAAAGAUUUAAUAAAGAAAUUAACAUGGGAAUUCUGUAAUGGAAGUUGGACAGCUGAUCAAGCAAGAAUUUUUUCUCCUUUUCUAACUAAGGUCAUACAAGAUCUCAAUUCUCCAUUAAUGCAAGAUGAUCUGAGAAAAGUGUCAUCUGUACUUUCUUCAUCACUAAUUAUACCUUCUACAACAUCUGCUACUAAAGCUUCUGGAUUUAGAAAAUCAACUAGUUCUCUAUCGAUAACUGAAAUUGAUGGAACAGACGCUCAAGAUUUUUUCACAAUUUUAAAUUAUGCUUCUACUAUCAAUGCUCAACAAUUCCUAUCCAUACAAGUAUUUUCCAUGUUGAAAUCAUUUUUCUUCAACUCAAGUGAUAGUAAUUCCAAAGCAUUAAAAAAACCACAUUCAUUUGUCGGUGGAUUUGCAUCUGAAGACUUAAGUCUUGUGGUCAGAGAAUACUGCUUAAGAGUUAUAGAUCAAGUUGACAGAAAGGGUCAGUCACCUAGUGUUGCAGAAUUUCAAAAAGCAUGCCUUGUUGAAACUAUAGACCUUUUCAACACGAUAUGUUUAAUGGACCCAGGAAUAGUGCACACAAUUUUCCCUGUUGUUCGCCGGAUAUAUGAUCAAGUGCAGUCUAAUAUUGGUUGGGAGCCAGUAGCUCAAGAUGUUGCUAUAUUAACCAGUGCUAUGCAGUUUAUUAUCAAUCAUGGAAGUUCAAUCAUGCAUAAGCCUGACAAUCUGUAUGUGUACCUCUUUUGUGAUCUAUUGAGUCAGUGCUACAAAGACAAUUAUGUUGCAUUUGAAAUCCUGUACUUAAUGAAACAGAAUCUUUCUCAGUUAUGCUAUCAUAGUAGCGUUUUAGAAAAAUACUUUCCAACAUUUUUAAAGGUUUUAGCAUGGAGGCCAAAUACAUUUUUAGAAGAUUUUAUUGAAUUGCUUCCUGCAUUUAUGUCACAACAAACUUCUCUUGAGGUAUUUCAUAUGUUGUUGGAUCUGCCUUGUUUGACAGCCAUUUUAAUGUUAAUUGAUAGUAAAUCAAGUGGUCUGGACUCAAGGAUCACAAAGGAUCCAACUUUAUUGGAAGCUAUGAAAACCCCCGAAUUGUCCACAGCUGUUAAAUAUAUGAUAAGAAGAAUUAGUGGCAUGAGUGACUCCUGCAAAAAUGUCAAUGUGCUACAUCAAAAUCUUAGUGUGCUGGCUUCCAAUCAUCGUGUUUUGUGCUGUGCAAAGGCAGUCAUUCCUCUCCUAAAGCAGUAUUUUGAAGUUCUGAUGCAGUAUGCUGAUAUGUCCACAGCAGUUCUACUAGUUCCAUGUAUUUUGGAGAGAUUGACAGUCAUUUAUCCUGUUCCAAGAUUUGACAAAGAAGUUCAGAGUGUUCUUGCUGAGUCAAUUGUAAAAAUAUUUGAACUUCACCCUGAAACAGUUUUUCACAAUCAAAAAUGUAUCCUUAAUUACUUGAGUCACUUCAAGAAUUAUUUCACUGCUGAGAAAUUUUUCAUACACAUGGUUUGGAUAGUUGGGGAAUAUGUAUCGAACGCUUAUAGUAGUGUGUGUAGACCAGAAAUCAUUGCUAUGUUUUUUGAAAUUUUGGAGAGUACAGUUUAUGAAGCUCUUUCUUAUGUUCAAGAAUCAUCAAAUAACCUGUUCCUGAAAUUUUUGAGUGUGUCAUCUACAACACUUGCAAAGUUAGCUGCACGUAAUCAAGACCAAGUUCCUAGAGCUGCCUUAUGUUUGAGUAAAGUUCAUCAACAGCUAUCUUCUUUUGGCAAUCAAUAUAAAAAGGAAUGGAAAAUUGUUAUUGAAAGAGUAAUGGAAUUGAUAUCUAUCUUGAACUCUCCGAGUGUUGCUGCCAUUGUUUUAAGCCCACCCAAAGACUUAGAAAAUGGAAGAUUACAUAGAGAUCCCACAGCACUGCCUUAUAUUUUAAGGACAAUUACAGGAAUUGUAACAGCUGACAGUUGAGUUAUAUGUUACUAGAAAAUAUGUACAGAACAUCUAUAUUAAAUAUCUGUCUGAAAUAAA